AGAAAAGGUCAAAAAAGGGGGGAAAAGAGAGAGAAAAAAUACUUUAUGACCAAAACGUAAAAAACACAUUGGGAGAGAAUUAAAAGGGAAAUGGUGUGUGCAUAUCCGUUUGUCGGAGUUGCAAAAUACAAUCAGUUAGAAGCAGAGCGUAUCGUAGCGGCGAGAUCUUCCAAGGCCCGCUCUUAAUCCGCUUUCAUUAUGAUUUAUAGCUAAUCAAAUACUGUUUUAAUCAAUCCGAUUGCCAUUUGUCUCCCAGUAAUUUAUUUAUCUAUUUAUUUAUACAAUCAAAUUGAGUGUAUUGUAAACGCGAUGAUGAGGAAAACGAUGAGAAGUAGCAUCGAUUGUGCAGUUGUUGAUGUUUGGAAACGGCAAGUCGGUGAACUUUCUACCAGAAAUUUCGCCCACCGACUCCGUGCCUCUGAGGAUCUCGUGCUCCGGUUUGAUGUCUUCCGGAAGCUGGAGAAACACAGGGGCUGUGUGAAUACGGUUAGCUUCAAUGCUGAUGGUGAUAUAGUCAUAUCAGGUUCUGAUGACCGAAGGAUCAUACUGUGGGAAUGGGAAACUGGGAAAAUUGCACUCUCAUUCCAUUCAGGUCAUCAUAACAAUGUCUUUCAAGCAAAAAUCAUGCCAUACACCGAUGAUCGAAGCAUUGUUACCUGUGCUGCCGAUGGACAGGUGAGAGAAGCACAGAUUCUAGAACAUGGGAAGGUGGAAACAAAGUUGCUGGCCAAACAUCAAGGACGAGCUCACAAAUUGGCAAUUGAACCUGCAAGAUAGAUUUGAGAACACACACUGCUACAGAACUUUUUACUUGCCAACCCCUGCGGGUGAGGAGAUAUAUGUCUAUACUUCAUCUAAAUGCAAUUACAAUAGAUCCAAGAAAACCCUAUUUGUUUGCUGUUGGUGGAUCGGAUGAAUUUGCUAGAAUUUUCGACAUUCGCAAAUAUAAUUGGGAUGGAUCCACUGAUUUUGGCCAGCCAGUUGACUAUUUCUGCCCCCCACAUCUAGUUGGUGAUGAGAAUGUAGGGAUAACAGGUUUGGCUUUCUCUGACCAGAGUGAGCUUCUUGUAUCAUAUAAUGAAGAGCUCAUUUAUCUUUUCACAAAGGACAUGGGUCUGGGACCUGAUCCAUCCUCUACUUCGCCAUUGUACAAUGACAGUGACGAGGGUGAAAUGGGCCAAGCUGAUACAUCUGCAGUUGACAUGGAGUCUGGAGCAAACAUUAGUCCACAAGUUUACAAGGGGCACAGAAAUUCUGAAACGGUAAAGGGCGUGAACUUUUUUGGGCCCAAGUGUGAAUAUGUUGUGAGUGGAUCAGAUUGUGGUAGAAUUUUCGUAUGGAGGAAAAAGGGUGGGGAUCUUGUUCGUGUUAUGGAAGCAGAUAAGGAUGUAGUAAACUGCAUUGAGUCCCAUCCUCAUACCGCGGUGCUUGCCAGCAGUGGAAUUGAGUAUGACAUAAAAAUAUGGACUCCAAAAGCCAUUGAAAGAGCUAUUUUACCUACAAAUAUUCAAAAGGGUUCAACACCUCGUCGAUUGCAUUUGUUCGGUUAUGGCGGUGAUGAAGAUAAUGGCAUCUACUUUUUUGAUGACGGAAGUGACGAUGAUUAUGGUGGUAGUAGUGACAAUGAGGAUGAAGAUGAUAGUGAUAUGGAUGAAGAUGAAGAUGAUUUCUCUAAUGGUAUGGAUGAUGAUGAUGAUGACGACGAUGAUGGUUUUGAGGAUUUAGAUAUCCAUGAAGACGGAAAUGGGGAUGAGUUCUUCGACACUGUAGGGGACCCUGAUUUUGACGAUUCCUUGGAUAAUGACCAAGAUUCUCCUAGCGAUUCAUGCUAUGAUGAUGAUGACUCCAAUGAAAAUGACAUUGAUGAAUGAUGAUGUUGCAACAGUAACAGGGAUUAUGUUACUUGUCGUGAAGAUGAUAAUGUCUCUCUUACAUGUGCUAAUGAUUCUGCACUUUCUGUUUCCAACAGAAACCUAAAGCAAGGUGCUGGAUGCAUUAUCACAUGGCUUCUCAGCAGGACCUAAUGUUACAAUUACUUUCCCAGCAAAGGCAAAGAAACCGGGGAAGCGUUGAAGAGAAUUGAGAGGUUGGAAGGGAGCUUUAUGCAAUCUCAUUUUGACAAUGUAAAUAGCGAUGAGGGCGAAGAUAUUACGAGUGGUGGAUACUGUUUUGACUGAGGGACUUGGUUCCUCCAACCUUUAUUCUCUUCAUGUUUAGGAAGGUGUACAUAACAUACUGAAAAUCAAAAUCUUUUUAACUUAUAGUAUUUGUUUUUCCUUUGCAA